CAAAAAUAAAUAUUUUACCUUUUUUUGAUAAUCAAUAUUGAUUCGAAAGAAGGCAAAAAACAAUGUCCAAUAAUCAACAGCAAUCAUCGACAUCGGCAAAAAUGAAAAACGAACAACCACCAAUCGAUGAUUUACAGCAAACAUUCAUUCGUAAAGCACAAUUUAUUGAACAACAAAAAUUUAAUAAAGCCAGAGCAAUUCGUAUGCGAAAUCGUUUGUCCGGUUUGGUUAUGGCCACUGUUGUUGGUUCUAUUUAUUUCUAUACGAUAAUGACGGUUAAACAGGAAAAAUUUCUGGAUGAACUUGAUGAUGAACCAAAUACAAAAUGAUA